CACCUGGCUGGGGAGCUUGUGGGUAGGGCAAAGGACAGCAAUGGGUCUGCUGGUUCAUGGCAGCCCUGUUCAAACUGAUAUCUGUGCGUUAGCAGUCAGCAAGGAUAACAAAGCAUGCUGUGGGGCUUCAGGAGGCAGUCCGGAGACCAGCACAUUCAAACUCAGGUACUGAUCCCACACUCAGCAGAUGGAGCACGUGCUUGGAUUUCAAACCCUGCUUAGCAAAAACCCCCCAAGAAACCCAACUCCAUGAGCACCUUCUCUUUUUGGUAUUCCCAGCAGCGGCUGACUUUGAACUGCAAACAGUGGGAGCUCGUCCAACAUCAAUAAGGAUAUCGACCAAGGGAGCAAGUUUAUUUGCUUGGCUGGGGAAGUCCUGCUAAUCUGUGCAGGGUGUAAAGCAGAGGGAGAGACCUGGAGUCUGAAGCUGGCCCACCCGAGCCUGGACUCUGCAUUGCAGUGACCGCAUCUUCCAAGAGAAGGCAGAAGAAGAGACGGCUUGAUUGCUGCCGACAGAAAUGGCAGCCAGUGUCUCUCCACUGGACCUGGAAGGGAGACCCCAGACCUUAGGGUCUGGCUGUGGGGAAUGCCGGCUGCAACGCUGCUGUCCUCUUGACUUAGCCGUCUAAAACUAAGGAGCACGGGGGCAGCAUGGCUCAGAAAGCGUGGGUCAGCAUGCUCUUCCACAGCCGCAGGGCUCAGCUCUUGCUAGUCAACUCCCUGACGUUCGGACUGGAGGUCUGCCUGGCUGCCGGGAUCACCUAUGUGCCCCCACUCUUGCUGGAAGUGGGUGUGGAGGAGAAGUUCAUGACCAUGGUUUUGGGGAUAGGGCCUGUCCUCGGCCUGGUCUUCGUCCCGCUGAUCGGAUCCGCCAGUGACCACUGGCAGAGCAGCUACGGCCGGCGGCGGCCUUUCAUCUGGGUCCUGUGCCUGGGGGUCUUGCUGAGCCUCUUCACCAUCCCCCAUGCCAACCACCUGGCAGGCCUCUUUGCCCUCGAUGCCCGCCCCCUGGAAAUCGCCUUCCUCAUCCUAGGCAUUGGCUUGCUGGACUUCUGCGGCCAGGUCUGCUUCACUCCCUUGGAGGCCUUGCUCUCGGACCUCUUCCAGGAGCCUGACAAUUGCCGGCAGGCCUUCUCCAUGUACGCCUUCAUGGUCAGCCUGGGCGGCUGCAUCGGCUACCUCCUUCCAGCCAUUGACUGGGACGGUAGCUUCCUGGCCCCUUACUUGGGGGGACAGGAGAAGUGCCUCUUUAGCCUCCUUGCCAUCAUCUUCCUUGGUUGCGUCCUGGCCACCCUCUUUGUGACCGAAGAGGCAGCAGCACGGACGGACACUCUGAUGGGUCCCGCACUGAAGGACUCUUCCCCCAGGCCCUCGUCUCCCAGCUGCUGCUCUUGCCGAGUCUCCAAGAGCCUCCUGCAAGCGAGGCACAUGGUGCAAGCCGUGAGGAACCUCUGCACCUUGGUCCCGCGGCUGCACGGCCUCUGCUGCCGCAUCCCCAAGGUGGUCCAGCGGCUCUUUGUGGCCGAGCUGUGCAGCUGGAUGGCCUUCAUGACGUUCACAUUGUUUUACACGGACUUCGUUGGGGAAAGGCUGUACCAGGGGGUUCCCAGGGCCAAGCCAGGCACGGAAGCCAGACGUCACUAUGACGAAGGUGUGCGCAUGGGCAGCCUGGGCCUGUUCCUGCAGUGUGUCACCUCCACCUUCUUCUCGACAAUCAUGGACCGCAUGGUGAAGCAGUUUGGGACGCGGGCGGUCUAUCUGGCCAGCGUGACCUUCUUCCCCCUGGCUGCCUUCGUCGUGUGCCUUUCCCGCAGUGUCCUCAUCGUCACCCUCUCGGCCGCCUUGACGGGAUUCACCUUCUCUGCGCUCCAGAUCCUGCCGUACACACUGGCUUCGCUGUACCAUCACGACAAGCAGGUAUUUUUGCAUAAGUACAAAAGCAAAGAGGAGGAGGAUGCUGCUCAGCUGGACAUGAAAACGGGCUUCCCCAAAGGGCCUCUCUCCAGCCAGAAGCUGCCCUACCAGAAUGGCCACGCCGGGGGCCUCUUCUCCUCCCCGGCGGCUCCCAGCUCAGCCCUGUGCGUCAGCUCCCCCUGCGAGGUCUCGCUUAUGAUGAUGGUGGGAGAUCCGGACUCUGCAGCACCCGGCCGAGGGAUCUGCCUGGACCUGGCUAUUCUGGACAGUGCUUUCCUCCUCUCUCAGGUUGUUCCGUCCCUCAUCCUGGGGUCUGUUGUCCAGUUUACACAGUCAGUGACUGCCUACAUGGUGUCAGCCGCCGGCUUCGGCCUCGUGGCCAUUUACUUUGCAACCAAAGUUGUCUUCGAUAAGAGCGAUAUGGCCAAGUAUUCCGCGUAGCGAGGACUUUUUGCACGCAGGAGGGUGCGGGGGUGGCGGAUGCACGUGCACACUUAUGCUGUAUGUUACGGGAAUCCCCACGUUUCGUGCCUUCUCCCUAUCUCUAGUGCUAUCUGAGGGAGCCUGACUGUGCUGCCCCGGGGGCACGUGGAAACGGAGAGGAUGCAGGGCUCAUCUCAGGUGUAUAAAGAAGGACAUUGCAACCAUCAGUGCUUUCUGCAUGGUGCCUUUAUCAAAGGCUAGCACUGCACAGGGAGCACCAAAGAGGAUUGCUGAGGUCAAAGGGGAAGGAAGAGUGUUUGCCUUCAGCAGCAGGGAGGGGCAGUGACAUUGUGUGUGCAUGUGUGUGGGGGAACUCCUUUUGCAAAGAGGGGAGCUGAAACCCUGCCUUGCUCGGGGCGGGGAGGUUCUUAUCCUGGCUUUGAACCAAAUCCCCACCUCUGGCUGGUGUGAACUGGGAUAUUCGGGUAGAGGAGGCGUGGCAUGGGGUGUGCUGGCAGAGGUAGCAGGGAAGCCCCAUGCCCGAGCGAGCUCAGGUUUCUGCCGCGUUGGCUGAGCUGCCCGGAGGGGCUGCUGGCUGGCGUGAGGGCGCUGGCAGAGACCAGCAGAGCUGCGGUGGGGGCUGUGCGCGCCUCGCUGCCUCUGUUAAUCCCUUUGCUCUUACAAGCACUGGAGUGAUGCACAGCCAGGCCUCCCUUCUGAAUGGGCUCUUUGCUUUCUGCACCCAAAGUGCCUGGCACCGAUCUGCAGUGCCUUUAUAAAAGGGCUUGGCCAGAGGCAGCAAACAGGCUGUGUUCACAAGGCCCCCUGCUCGGUAUUUUAUAGCAUGGGUCAGACCUCAUUAGCCUGACCAUUAACCUACAGUUAAGUGCAAUAAUCCAUGGCAGGAUGUGAGGGUCCUGGUGUCCUCUGAGCUCCCCAGAUGCUGGAAGCACUUAGCCCCUGACCCCCAUGCUUGCCUUGUGUUUAUGUGGUGCCCCUUCCUGCUACCCCUGCCCUGCAUGAAGCCUAGAGGUUAAAAUCUGACAGCUUUCUCACUGCAAGCACGGGAACUGAUGAGAAGCAGAGGCUGGAGAGCCACCGUUGCCGGCAGUCUUUAGGGCAGGUGAGAUCUGUAUUGGUCAGGGAUGGUUCAGGUAUGGCUUAGUCUCCCCGCCGGGGCAGGGGGUUGGACUAGAUGAGCUCUGAAGGACCCUUUCCCACCUUGUUUUCUGUGACUGCUGAUGCAAUUGCAGCUUCCUCCGUCUCGUGUUGCCCCACAACAACCCAGUGGGGGAGAUUUCCUGGAGCCAUGAUAACACCCAUGGACCUGACUCCUGUAGGAAGCGCGUGGAAGCCGGGUUCCUACCUACUCAGUCUGCCCCAAGCCAAUGCAAAGCUCCUCCAUUAUCCUGCCCUCAGGUACAGCCUCCUGAUGAUACAACUGGGGGGUGAAUUUGCCUCCCAGAGACUUCUCUAGAAUUAACUGCUCCGCUUGUGUGUACCAGCUCCCUGGGCUCAGGGAGACCCUCCUGCUCGCUCAAUAGAUAUUUGUGUCCUCGGCCCCAAAAGUGAUAUCUUCUGGUGGCAUCCAUGCAGUAGGGGACUUGUGGGGUGGGGUGAAUUGCUGGAAUGUGCCCCUCUAAGUCCCCUCCAUCCUCCUCCACCAAAACCCCACAUCCAGCCUUUCAAGCGCGAGUAGACGUGGCUCUCCCCUGCCUCCAACUGGUAUGUUGUUUUAAAUAGAAUCUGCUAGUUCAUGCAUAUUUAAUCAUGCAUUAGAGUAACCGGUCUUUGCAAUUACUGAGUUGCAGAUGAGGUGGUAUUGACUGUGAGGAAGCCUCUUUGUGACCUCUUGAGGGAGGGAGGGAGGAAGGAAGGAAGGAGAGAGUUUGCUUGAACAGAGGAGGUCCAGGUGAGAGACUUGGCUAGUGAGCAAAGGGGCGUGUGAAUAUGUGGCUUCCUCCACUUGCAUUUUUCUUUCAUCCACCUCUGCCUUUUGGGGAGAGCAGUUCAAGGAAAAAUCCCCCAUCCUUAGACACCGUCUCUACCCAUUUCAGACCACCCCACCACCGAAUGCUCUGAGGUGUCUUUCCUAUCCGUGCCCUGUCCCGCUGCAUGGGAAGGAUGCCUUGUUCUCAUUAUUUUUUAACAAGCCCGCCUUGAACUUUCCCCUCUCUCUUCAUUUAAAACCCAGUCUGUCCCCCCUGUAUUUCCCUGGCUCUCAGUGCCGCUGUGAAACAGGACAGCCCAUUGCUGCCAGUGCUGGACAAACUGAUUAGACUUGUGCAUCUGGGCUGGGAUGACCCAUAGGACUUUAAAGGUCAGUACAUGAGCUACCUCAGUCACAAGAAGCAGGGAAGAGGCUCUCAGUGCUCAUUUGUGCCCACAGUUUUGCACCUCGGGUUGUCUGGCUCCCCCUUUCCACCCUCUCUCUUUGGGGGUACCAGAGGCUUUGGUCCUUAAAUGUAGUUUUCCAUUCCAGUGCGUCCUGCCUCAGAGCCAGGUCCACCCCUGGACACUUCUGCUGUUUGCAGCAGUUUUUCCACCCCCCAGACUCAAGAGCACAGAGCAUCAACUCAGCUGGCAGACUCCAGUCCACCUGCAGUGCUGGGGAUCAUGGUGUCUGGGUAGCUUAGAGCAGGAGCUUGCAAGCCAGAGUGGUCUCCAGUGGCAGAAGAAAGGGUGCGGUACUGUGUGCUGCUUGUCUGGCGGGGAUCAGAGCCUUGGUUGAGGAUUUGCACGCAAUAGGGGAGCUCUCAGCAGUGCAACGGGCAGUCUGUGCGGCUGCAGCACGGACAGGAGCCUCUGCGGGAGUGAAGAGCAUGGCCCACAGCCCAGGCCUUGGCCCUCCCGGCAACCCGAGCUGUGCCUGCAGCGUGGGCAGAAACCAAGGUCAGGCUGAGCAACCCAGUGCCUCAUUGCCUGAGCUGCGAGCCAGCAAAAGCAACCCGUGAAAAAAGACAAGGCCUUGCCCAGGCCGGGCGAGACAAAGUGCCUUCAGUGUGACGGAGGCGUGGGAACGGCAGAGCCCUAGGGUGGAAGGCUCUGCUGAAGGACAAGGUGUUCCUGUUUUGGCAAGGCUGUGUCACACGGUGCUUUCGGCGCCAGAGCUGAAGCCGGCUCCCCUGCUGCCCGCAGACACUGCCCAAACGAGCUGCUCUUUCUCCGUCUCUCUUUUUUUUUUUUUUUAAAUUUGCUUUGAGCAUGAAGGGGCUUAAAAACCUUUCCAAAUGAUAAUCCCAGCGACACUUCACCACGGCCAGGUUAACACACUGCAAUGCAGAUGUCUCUGGGGGGGAAGCGGGGGAGUUGCGUGCUUGCUCGCUCACAGAACAAAUGAGGGCAGGAAGUACAGGAGGACCCCAUCGACGUAGAGCCGCAGGAGAAAUCUUAAGGAGACAAAAAAGGAAUUGCCUCAGCUCAGAGUUCACGGCGUCCAGACGAACGCACUGACGUGUAACGAGCAUUGAGCAAGAAACUGAGUCCAUGCUUGGGUGUAGGUAGGGAAGUGGCCGUUCGCUUGCUUGUUUUCCAGAAGCGCUGAGCCCCUUUCAGAGAAGGUGGGUGCUCUCAUGGGUGGGUUUAUUUAAAUGACCGAGCAAGUGUUUCACUUAAGGUUGAUGGUCCCCGAGUGCCCUGGCUCAUCCAACUGUCUGAGAGACAGGUGGAGGAGAGAUGAAGCCCUGUUUCCAGUGUGCCUGGGUCCUGGCCCUGUGUAGGACAAUCUGGAGCUCCUGGGUUAUGUGACCCCAGCAGUCUUUCCUGCCCAGAGCUGGGGGGCUGGACCCGAUGAUCUCCCGAGGUCCCUUCCAGCCCUGAACGUCUGGAAUCUGUGAAUCCUCUAUCUUCUCUUCCCCAAUAUAGCAUAGACAGGCAUUUCCAAAGGCGUCGGAGGCCCGGCUCCAGCUGACAAGCCCAGCCUUUGUCUGCAGUAGCAUGGCCAGAUCUGGCCAGUCCCAGGAGGGGCAGGUCCUGUUUGCAGAACAGGCAUUGCCAGUUCCCGUGUAGCCAAGACAUGAUGUCAGGGGAGGUGGCCGUGUUUACUUGUGAAAGGAGAGCUGAGCUGGGCGAAUGUGUGCACCCCGGCACUUCACCCAGGGCUAGUGCUAUAUCCCCUCCCUAUAUCCUGCUCUGGGCCCAGCCCGGUCUCCCUGGCUCUCCGGUUCAGCCAGGGAGCCCCUCCUCAGAGCCGCCUAGACGAUGGGGCUGUUUUUGUGAAUAAGCUGAUGAUCGUGUGGGAGUGAACGGAGCUGCUGGGUGCCAGACUGAGAGACGGCGUGAGAAAGAUCAGAGGAAGCUAUAGGAAGAGGUUGUUCAGGUAAAGAAAACAGCUGGUGGUUCAGACAAGAAAGUAGCAGCAGCUGGAACGCUAAAGGCUUCGUAAGCCCUGCUCCAGGCUGCUUCAUAGCUGCAGCGGUUCGGUUGCUUCUCCUAACUCUAUCCCUUGUGGUCCAUAAUUAGCAAAGGCCCUUUUUUGCUCACAGCCAUCCUGGGGUCAAUCAGGUACAUGCUUUGGGUACCCCAAAAUGUCCUGGGAAAAGCCAGCGUGGCUCGGUACAGAACCGCUGCCUAUGGCUGGGACGUGGCACAGAUGAGCGAGGGACCUCAGUGUGUCCUAGUAAGCACAAGUGCAGCCUCUGCCAUGUCCUGUUGCUCUUAUAACUUACAUGUACGUAGAAGCAGCGCUGGAGGACGUGGAUUUUGCUGUAUGACCUACGUCCACUGGAGCAAACUCCUUCAAGGAAAGGGGCAGGUGUUCAUGCAAGCUCCUCUGUUCUCAGGUGACAGGUCCAUUUCUGGACACUCCCUGGUGAAUAUUGUGGUCUCCCUCUCCCUUCUCAGCCUCCCAAAUAGGGGCUUUAAAGGGAAUGCUAUUGGACCCAGUGGGAAGGGAGGGGAGGUGUCUGUCCUUCCCAGUUCCCGUUAUGCGAAUCUCUGGAUCUGGGAAAGGAUGUCCUGUUCUGUUUUUCCUUCAGGGCGAUAUGCUGUCUGCAAUACAUUCGUGUCUUAUUUAUUUAGCGGAGUCAAUAUUUUGUAUCACGUGCAGGGAGGGAUAUUAUAAAUUUUAUUCAGAGGGAAAAUAAAAAGCUUUUGAUCAAGA